AUGGUAGCAGGAUUUGGAGAAGGAUAUGCGUCAGCGAUUUGGACAGAACUAGCCAGAAUCACAACUGAAGAAGAACGUACUCGAUACUUUGCACUGCUAAAAGUAUGCUUCUUUUUGGGAGUUGUCUUAGGACCAGCACUAAACCUCUUUCUAAAAGAGUGUGAUUUCUACAUCGGUAACUGGCACAUUGAUUUCCGCACAUCCCCGGGAUUUUUCAUGGCUUUAAUGUGGAUACUAGCCACUGGUAUCAUGUUUGUAUUUGUCUAUGAUCUUUCCGACGAGAUGAGAAAAAAGAAAGGGUAUGAACCAGUUUCAGACGGUCCAAGUGAAGAACAGUUUUCCGAAAAAGAGCAACUCCAAGAAGCGUAUAGCAUGGAAAUCCCAAAGGACAAGCACGGUGAUAUGACGGCAUCUCCGUUCAUAAAUGACGACGAUGUCAAAACCGAGGAAAUAGCAAAAGAUGACAAGGGUGUAUUCCCAGACGACUCAACGAAAUCCAGGAGUGCGUCAUUCCGCGAUGCUCUAAUAGAUAUGUUUGCCAAAUUUCACGUGAUUGGUAUACUCGAUAUUUUUCAUUUAUAUCCUCCAUACGUCUCUUCAGGCAAUUACACCCCUGGUUGCUGAGCGCAUGUUACACUGGAGUGAAGACAACGUCACUUUUCUAUUUACAAUCUGGGGUGUAGAAAUAACCAUAUUUGGAAUUAUUCUCUUGAUUCUGUCACCAAAGAUUUCAGAUCGACUCCUCCUUUUGAUCUCCGCUAUUUUUGGCAGCCUUGCAUCCAUGGGUAUUAUUCCACUGGCAUUCUAUUCCUCUAUGUCUAACAGAACUUUCUAUUUCUUGUUAGUAACAAUUGCCUUGGAUGGGAUUGCAUCAACUGUUAUCAAUGCAAUUGGUCGUUCUUUAGUUUCGAAGCACACUAAUCCAGGCAAUCAAGGCAAGGUGCAAGCCAUAAUGACUGUAUUGAAUAGACUGGCUUUACUUAUAGGGCCAUUAAUUGGUAGCAGUCUGUUUACAUAUCAAAAAAUAUUUGCAAUUAUUCUAUCAGGAUCACAGAUCUUUGAAUUGGUCUUGGUUAUUAUAGCUUUCAACAAACUUAAAGUCAAUCUCAGUAAAUGUUGA